CAAGACACUGCUUCGUUUAUUCGAACUCGCAUUUCUUCCUAAUCCUAGCAACCACAAAUCUUCAAUCUUUAAGAUUAGGAUCAGGUUCUUCGUUCAAAGGUAAAAUCUAAUCACUUUCUCAAAUUCUAAUUCUUCCUAAUCGUCUUCGAUUCUCCUCUCUCGACUUCGUAAAUUGAAAAGUCUUAAUAGGAAACGGACCUGAAGAUGGCACUGUUUCCUCUUCACCAUGAAGUCCCCUGUAAAGGAGAAGUAUUGUUUGAUUCAAAUGGUUUAAGACGUUUUUCGUCUGGUGGUAGCAGUAAUGGUCUGAUACAUAGAACAAUGGCUGAAGCAACCACGCUAGGCAGGGAUUGUAGGAUGAAGGAUCGUAUAAAUUCAAUACCGUUUUGUCGUUCACCGAGAGGAAGGUUAUGCUUGGUUAGGGCGUCAUCAGAGAACAAGAUUACCAAAAGGAGACUUAAACUGUUGGAUUCUUACUUUGGGAAACUUCGAAACGACGAUGAGAAGCCUUCUAUCUUAACCGGAGAUGAUAUUGAUCGGAAAGCUGAACUCAAUGCGGAUAAGGAGUUGGAUUCUUUGAGUGUUUAUCUUGACAAACUCCAAAAAGAUGCAAAAUCUAAAGGUUUAGUCUCGUCCACCUUGGACGUGGUAAAAUCAGAAGGCGGUUCAGUAGCAAGCAAAUUGAGAAAGACUGGUAUUGAAAGCAAUAAUAGUCCUUUCCAGCAGCUUGAUGAUGAUGAUCAAUCAGUAGAUACAUUGAACUUCUAUGCUGUGAGCAUAUUAGCAUCCAUCAAUGUCGGUGUGUGCUUGUUUGAAGCAGCAGCACCAGUUAGGAAUAACGAUAUGGGACUGCUAUCACUCCCGUUGUUAUAUGGAGCAAAGAUAAAUGAUCUAAUCCUGGCUGGACAAUGGUGGAGGCUGGUCACACCCAUGUUUCUGCACUCUGGAAUUCCUCAUGUAGCCCUUAGUUCCUGGGCUCUGCUUACUUUUGGACCAAAAGUCUGCCGUGACUAUGGACUAUUCACGUUUUGUCUCAUUUACAUUCUCGGAGGAGUCUCUGGUAAUUUCAUGAGCUUUCUUCAUACAGCAGAUCCGACAGUUGGAGGAACUGGACCAGCAUUUGCAUUAAUAGGAGCUUGGCUCGUCGACCAAAAUCAGAACAAGGAGAUGAUCAAAAGCAACGAAUAUGAGGACUUGUUUCAGAAGGCCAUUAUAAUGACAGGAUUUGGUCUCAUAUUAAGCCAUUUCGGUCCAAUUGAUGACUGGACAAAUCUGGGAGCACUUAUAGCCGGAAUUGUAUACGGAUUCUUCACUUGUCCGGUGCUCCAACUUGAAAGAGGAAGUGAAAGACAAGAAGGGACUGUAACGGUAGGACCAGAGAAACAAAACAGCGCUGACCCGUGUAAAUCGUUUCUGCUUUUCACAAUCUUUGUCGCGGUUAUUGUGACUUCUCUGGUACUCAUUGGGGACGGACCAUUGGACUUCCCAACGUACGAUGAUGUUGUGUAUUCUCUCAUCUAGUGUAUCAUCAAGACAUCAAACUAUAUAAGGAGACUUGUAUGUGUGUGUUUAUGUAUUGGUAAACGACGAGAGAGUUCUUUGGUUAAUGGUAUAGGAAAAUGAGAAAAAACUAUAUUGAAUUCUUCUCACAUUUUGAUUAGUAUAAGUUUUUGUUGGUUUUUUCAUGAACUA